ACUUACAUUAUUGUAUAACUGCUAUACAGUAUUGUACGAACAGUUGUAAGCCUACAUUGCAUUCGUUCACUAUGCUCAGAUUAAAGGCGAUGCAACAAUGGAAGCUAAUUUCUGCUGUUUUCUUAAUUAUCUGCAUUGUUGACAUUGGAGCGACUCUUAAGCACGAACCCCUGACAGACGAGACGUCGCAGUACAUGAAGGACCAGUGUAAGGGGGCGAUGCCAGCAGGGGAGGUGAGGUUGGAAGGUACAGUCACCACCAAAGCGUACGCCCAUAGAGCCCAGGAGGUUAUUGACAUGGAGGUCAGGGAAGACGAUAUCUGGAUAAUAUCAUUCCCUAAAACAGGUACGACAUGGACUCAAGAAAUGGUCUGGCUGUUGAAAAACAACCUUGAUUACGAAAAGGCCAGAAAAAUGAUUUAUGAAAGAUAUUUGUUCUUGGAGUACAGACUCUUAUGGGGGGAUAAGCCAGAAGACAGCUACGAAGUUAUUCCUGAUAUGAUACAGGAGGUUAAGGAUGCUCAUCCUCCAAGGUAUAUCAUGACCCAUCUUCCAAAACAUCUGCUGCCAAAAGACAUUUUGACCGUGAAGCCUAAAAUAAUUUAUGUGACCAGAAAUCCUAAGGAUGUGGCAAUUUCGUACUUCUAUCAUUUUAUGGCUUGGAACAACUACAAGGGAACCAUGGAUCACUUUUUGAAAGCAUUUGUUGAAGACAAAGUUGUAUACAGUCCGUACUAUGAUCAUGUUCUUACGUACAAGAAGCUCAGCGAGGAGAAUGAUAAUAUUCUCUUCAUCACUUUCGAGGAUAUGAAAAAGGAUCUAUCAAAGGUGGUCAAGAAAACAGCGGAGUUUCUCAAAGUUACCUACAGCGACGAAGAAUUAAAAGCAUUAAUUGAACACCUAAGUUUUAGCAAAAUGAAACAAAACCCAGCAGUAAACUACCAUCAGGAUUACAUCGAGCUGGAAAAGAAAUACGGUGUUAAAAAAAUGGCAAAUGGAGAACCUUUAUCAUACAUAAGAAAUGGGGAGGACGGUGAAUGGGAACGUGUCAUGACUCGGGAGCAAAUAAAAAUGUUUGACGACUGGACAAAAAAGACUAUGGAAGACAAAGGCAUCAAUUUUUCCGAAAGAUUGAACUAGAGUAGUGGGUUAAAAAAAGUGUAAAAAUGUAUGUUGAAAGAAAACAUAAAACAAUAAACUGUA